UUUUCACUCUGACGUCAUUCGGAUUUGCUAAACUAGAAAAAAUUAAAACAGCAACAUAGCGAUGACAAACUGAGUAUUGCGCGGUUUUUUGAUACGGCUUCUUUACAUUUAUAUAUAGGUAUAGUACAUAGUAUGAGAUAAAAUAUAAAUUUUAUGUUAAAUAAUAUGGUCAUAUUUUAAAUUUUUUAUAUGUAUUUGAUGUUUCCGUUUUUUAUCAAUUUUUAGCGUUAUAUGGGCGGAUUCUGUGAUUUGUUUGAUUAAAUUAUUACGUCUACAUAAAAUUUUAUUUUUUAAUAUUAAAAUGCCAAUGGAUCCAAAUGUUCUUUCCGGUCAAGAUUGCCGCGGAAAUGAACAUAGUUCUCAACAUAGAGAUCAGAGAAUAUCUCUUGGAGUUGAGGAGAUUGUCAACGAAGAAGAAGCUCGAAGGAGAAGAGAGCAAUUGAAUCGCAGACCCUCUUAUCGAAUGAUUCUCAAAGACUUGGAAACUGUUGGCGACAAACCGUUAAAAAAGGAAAUGGACGAACCCUCUUUAUCUGCCGAAAUGCUUAAUAAUGACGGUGGCCAAGUUCAACAACAAAUUUCUAGUCAAUCACCGGACGAGAGUUCAACAACUUCAAACUUUCUCUCAUCAGAUAAUGGAGUUGCUCAUUUAAUCAGGAAUUUUCCGCCACCCAAUAACACGGGACUUAAUAAUGCUCCUCCUCCACCUCCACUUGCACCAACAGCACCUCUUUGCGUUGGUGUAUCCUCUGCUGCUUCAAUUAGUUCAACUCCAAACCCUAUAGGAGCUCAAGCACUUCAUCUCUCCUCCCCUACUCAAGCACAUCUCUCAUUAGGACAGUUAAACUUAAUUGCUCCACAACAACAUUCUAGUGUUUCCCAGAGAAUCCAGAGUACAGUGGCGCCAACUGUUGAAAUCCCUUCACAGCCUCAACCUCAAAUUCGAGCUGGACAACAACCCCUACUUAAUGCAGUAAACAACCUUGAAAUGCUGGGCUUGAAGACAGGUGCCGUGCCUGAAUCAAUUUCGACGGCAUUCUCUCAAAAUGAUUGGCAGAACAACCUUUUAACAACCUAUAAUAGACAGCAACAUCCAUCAGUAGCACCAAAUCAUUUGUUGCAACAACAGCAAACUCCCCCCUCAAAUUCUUCUACUUCAGCUAUUACUUUAACUGGCAUUAAUAGUAGUAAUAAUAAUGCCUCUGCUUCAGGUGGAGGGACCUCUCACAAUCAGCAUGUUGGGCCGCCUCAAAAUCAUGGAGGUUUAGGCACAAGGCAAGGAUCAGCUUCCCUCACUUCAUUCAUCACGCACAGGUCGGAUAAUGAGGAAACGAACCGAAAAAGGCAGGUCCGUCUACUAAAAAACAGAGAAGCUGCAAAAGAAUGUCGUCGAAAGAAAAAGGAAUAUGUGAAAUGCCUUGAGAAUCGGGUGGCAGUACUCGAAAAUCAAAAUAAGAGCUCUAUUGUAGAAAGGAGAAAGGAGGGGAAAUGCAAUAGUUUAAAAGUUAUUGUUUUCUUCAACAGCAUUAUAAACAAUUACACACAAUUUCAAGCAGUCAUUCAAUACAUUAAUCUUCUAAUCAACUCAAAACUCAUUCAAAAAUAUUUAAGAUAA